UAUAUAAGUGGGCAAAGUUCAAUCCUUUGAUCGGUUUCGUGUCGAUUCCCAACUCUGAACGCCUCGGGCCGUCUUUCCCCCUUUCUCUGCUUCAGACCUAACCAUCUUCCCCAUCUUCGCAUGGAUACGCUGAGGCGCCCAGCGAGUUUCCUGACGCAGGCCAACGCCCUGCUCCGCAAGAACAUCUGCCUCCAGAAAAGGAACUGGAAGACAAACAUUGGCAUCACCUUCUUCCCAGUCAUCAUCUGCGUUCUGCUUAUCGUGCUCCAGAACAUCAUCAACAGCGAGCUCGACAAGCCCAAGUACAGAUGUGGCUGCGCCUGUGUCGAGACCGACAUAAAUGGAACCUGCAAGAGGAGGGAGUGUGGCGUCCAAUACUCGACACUGGAGCAGGUCUGGAACUGCGCAAUUCCCAGCCCGCCCCGGUGGCCGGCCCUGAUUCAGGUUCCCCAGCCUGAGUCCCGAGCUGUCAAAACAGUCUCCCAGCCAUUUGAUGAUUUGCCUGAUCCCUCAUGCCGUGAUUCCUGGUCUUGCCCCGCCAGCGUCCUCAUCACUGGAAAGGACCGAUACUUUGCUGAAAGUGUUGCAGGAGGUCUAUUUCCUGCUUUCUCUCCCACUCUUAAUGUGACGGAUUAUCUUGAUGCGCUAUCCAGGAUAGUUGUUGGUUCAGACACUGCGCCAUGGUAUACACAAUUGCUAGAGCCUGCAUUUUCUUCGGAUACCAUCUAUCUGCUUCAGCCUCAGUGCGUGCCCUACUUAUCGCAGACCAUUUCAUAUAGAGCUAGGGGCAUACCCCUUCAGCUAAAUAUACAGUGUGUUGAAGGUGUGAUGUUAUGGCGAGAGAGUACAUCGGUUAUCAAUGAUGAAUUAUUAAAGGGUUAUAAACAAAAAGGAGGAAAAAUAAACGAGUUUAUUGCAGGUUAUGACUUCUUGAGUACAACAGAAUUUGGACUUGGUAUAAAUGUUUUGUACAACUCUACAUAUAACGAUAAAACUGCAUAUUCAUUUAUCGCAGCAUUACGAGUUCCACGCUUGGUGAAUGCCGUAUCCAACGCAUAUCUCAAAUAUAUCCGAGGACCUGGGGUGGAAAUGCGACUUGAAUAUGUAAAAGAGAUGCCCAAAGUUGGAACAAGUUAUAGGUUCGACCUCUCUUCUCUUCUCAGUGCGCUAUUCUUCACAUGGAUCGUUGAACUGCUUUUCCCAGUUAUGUUGGCAUAUCUGGUGUAUGAGAAGCAACAAAAGCUAAAAAUAAUGAUGAAGAUGCAAGGUCUGAAGGAUGUACCUUACUGGAUGAUAUCUUAUGCUUAUUUCUUUGUUCUAUCAGUUGUCUAUAUGACAUGUUUUGUGAUUUUUGGAUACUUCAUAGGUCUCAAUUUCUUCAGACUCAACAACUAUGGCAUACAGUUUGUUUUUUUCUUUGUCUACAUAAAUUUACAGAUUGCUUUUGCCUUUUUUGUGGCAUCUUUCUUUUCAUCUGUCAAGAUAGCCACAGUGAUUGGUUACAUCUAUGUAUUUGGAUCUGGUUUACUAGGGGCAUUUCUUUUCCUAUUUUUUAUUGAGGACAAAACCUUUUCCGGUAUCUGGGUAUUAGUUAUGGAGAUUGUCCCAGGAUUUUCGCUCUAUCGAGGACUGUAUGAGCUUGGUCAAUACGCAUUUGCUGGAAGUGCUACGGGAUCCAGUGGCAUGAUGUGGGGAAAUUUGAAAGACCCAGUCAACGGAAUGUGUGAUAUCUUGAUUAUAAUGACUGUAGAAUGGGCAUUACUGCUCGUGUUAGCAUUCUAUUUGGAUCAAAUGUCUUCAGUAGGUGGUAGUGUCAGAAACCCCUUACUCCUCUUUCGAUCUUCACAGAAGAAGCAUGCACCAUCAUUGCAUAAAAGUAGCUCUGCGCAACAGGAUUCUAAAGUAAUCGUUAAUAUGGAGAAAGAAGAUGUUGCUCAAGAACGACGACUAGUUGAGCAAUUAUUGAUGGACCGCAAUGCAAACGAAGCUGUGAUCUGUGACAACCUCAGGAAAAUGUAUCCUGGAAGAGACGGAAACCCAGACAAGCUGGCUGUUCGAGGAUUAUCUUUGGCCCUACCAAAAGGGCAAUGCUUCGGAAUGCUUGGCCCUAAUGGAGCUGGGAAAACAUCAUUCAUUAGUAUGAUGGUUGGGCUUACUAGACCUACAUCUGGCACUGCUUAUGCUCAUGGAAUGGAUAUAACAAUGGAUAUGGAUGACAUAUAUACAAAUAUGGGCGUGUGCCCUCAGCAUGAGUAUUUACUGAAACUUAUACUUUUCUGGCCAUGUGCUCUUUUCCCCGCAUCAGAUUGCCUUCUUUCUCAUUGUAACUGGUGGUGUCUGAAAUGCAGCUUACUUUGGGAAACAUUAACGGGAAAAGAGCAUCUAUUCUUUUACGCUAGAUUGAAGAAUCUCAAAGGUGCUGCAUUAGUGAAGGCUGUUGAUGAUUCUCUUAAAAGUGUAAAUCUGUUUCAUGGUGGAGUUGGUGAUAAGCAAGUGGGAAUGUACAGCGGAGGCAUGAAGAGAAGGCUCAGUGUGGCAAUAUCAUUAAUUGGAGACCCCAAAGUUGUUUACAUGGACGAACCGAGCACAGGGCUAGAUCCAGCAUCAAGAAAUAACCUGUGGAACAUUGUGAAGGAGGCCAAGAGUAACUGUGCAAUUGUUCUCACAACACACUCGAUGGAGGAGGCAGAAGUACUUUGUGAUCGACUUGGCAUAUUUGUUGAUGGAGAGUUCCAAUGCAUUGGAAACCCUAAAGAGCUAAAGGCGAGAUACGGAGGUGCGUACAUAUUCACAGUCACAACAUCUCCAGAACAAGAGUCGGAAGUUGACAAGCUAGUGCGUCACCUGUCUCCAAGUGCAAACAAGAUCUACCAUCUUUCUGGGACCCAAAAGUUUGAACUGCCGAAGCAGGAGGUGAGAAUAGCCGAUGUUUUUCGUGCAGUUGAGGUUGCGAAAAGCAGGUUCAGCAUACAUGCCUGGGGCCUCGUUGACACUACCUUGGAGGAUGUGUUCAUCAAGGUUGCCAAGGGAGCGGAGGUGUUCAAUGAUGUUGCGUAGAUUGUGACUUAGAGAGUGUAUUCGUCAUGGACGGCAGGAGACCGCAACCCCUAGCUUGCACUCCAUGUGGCCCCGUACAUAAUCUGCUGAACUUAUAGCAUAUAGGUUCUGUUAGGGUAAAUAUUCAUAGCAUAGAGAUUUUUUGUAGGGUGAAAGUAGCAUAUAGUAGGUGGUUACGGGAAAAACAGAUCUCUUCUGGUCGAGAGAAGCGAGAGAAAAAAAACAGAAACAGAAUUUUUGAAGGUAAAGAGAAACAGAUUCUUGAUAGUGUUGUU